AUGGGCCUCUUUUCCGCUCUUCAGCGGUGGAAGACGGAGCGGCGUAAGAUGUACUACUGGGCCGGUACCUUUGCCUGUGUGGUGGGUCUGCUCUUUUUCAUCUACAUUAUCCUGUCGACAGUCUUGAAGAACCAAAGCGUUGUGCCGAACUUCGUCGCGGGCUACUGCGCCGUCUUUGCGGCAUUGCUUUCAUGCUUCCAAAUUCUUGAGCACCUCACCUGCUUCUCUGACCCAGAGUGUCAGACAAAGAUUGUCCGCAUUCUGUUCAUGGUGCCUCUGUUUGCCGUGAUCUCCUCGAUCAGCCUUCUCGCCCCUGGCGCGGCCGAGUAUCUCAACCUUAUUCGCGACACCUACGAGAGCUACGUCAUCUACGCCUUCUUCCAACUCAUGCUGGCGCUGAUGGGUGGGAUUGACACGGUGUACCGCACCCUCAUGAUUGAAGACCGCCCGCCGGUGCGGCAGGUCUUUCCCUUCUGCUACCUGGAGCCCAUCAAGGUGACGCCGACCUUCGUGCAAAACUGUCGUCUGUGCCUCUUCCAGUUUAUGCUUCUGAAGCCGCUUGUCACGAUCAUCGUCGUCAUCCUAACAGCCAAGGACGCGAUGGGCUCGAGUAUGUUCGACUUGACUAAGGGGAGGUUCUGGACGUACUUGGUGUACAACAUCUCCAUCACAGUGGCCUUCACAGCGCUGCUCUACUUCUACAUGGGAUUAAAGGACUUGAUAGAGGGCCGCAACGUGUUCCUGAAGUUCUUGUGCGUCAAGGCAGUCAUCUUUCUUUCGUUCUGGCAGGGCUUGCUCAUCCAGCUCAUAUCAGCCGCUGGCCUGUUGCCCAAGUUGUCGUACUGGAAGCCCGAGGAUACCCCAGCGGCGCUGCAGGACUUGUUGAUCUGCGUAGAGAUGAUGUUUGUUGCCUUCGGGCACAAGUACUGCUUCGGCAGCGAUGAGUACCUCAUCCACAACGUCUCCGACGGCUGUGUCAUUGAGGACAUCUCAAAUCAGGACGGCCUACAAACACGCACCAUUCCGCCCAUCCGCUAUUCCGUCGCCGAGAACCUCAAGUACACGCUGAGGCACGAGGACGUGCUGACGGACGUGCGCGACAUCGUGCACAACCGGUAA